UGUCAACUAUUCUUAAAUUCGAACCAAGUCCACAAUGUCCUCCACGAAGAAAUCAAGCUCACGAAACAACAGUGUCCCGGCCCUUAAACAGGGGACCUUGGCCUUUUCUGUUAAGCGCACAAAUUCCCACACCACUACUAAGACGAAAGGGCCUCUACCACGACGGCCAUCCCCUUUGAUUGACAAGCAUGCAGCUGAAGACGCAAUAGACUUGGAGAUAAACAACGAGCAGGACAGUGACGCUGUGCUGGAGAUAUCUUCAGAAGAGGAGUACUCACCAGCUUCUGUGAAGCGAAGUGGAGCUCUCAAUACCACGAAAGCAUCGAUAUCCAGUCCUGCCAAAAGGCUAAAGGAUAAUCCUCCUGCUCUUAAACCCGUGGGGCAACGGCCGACAUUAGAUGUAUCGGGCAAGGCCUACCGCAAACACUAUGGACACGUGCGAGAAAAGAUGGGCCACCUUGAACCGAUUCAUUCGGAAGGGCAGAAUAGAAUCCAUCAGAUACUCCGCGUGUUUGACAUGUCCUACGAGUACGGUCCGUGUGUUGGUAUGUCACGUCUUGAGCGUUGGGAGAGAGCCGCUUCGAUUGGUCUCAACCCACCUGAUGAGAUUCGGCAUAUUCUCUUGACUGAAGAAGGAGUCGAAAAAGAUGAAUAUUCUCAAUGUGUUCUCUACGGAGAAGUGUAGUUUGAAGACUUGUUCAACUUCUCGGAUACACAACAACCUCGGUCUUCCACUGCUCCAUCACAUCGAAGAGGGUUGUGUGUUAGAGUACUUGUUCCAUACUUCUCUGUUGUACUGAUAACUUGUUAUAUUGACAUUCGUUGUGCUAUCCAAGUCAGGAUGAUUGAUCUCA